UUGUCGUAACUUUGUAUUGUUUUCCCGUUACUCUCUUGUUUAAGGAAAUACUAUUGUGGGUCCCACUGCCUUCCAGACAGAACUUUACAUCUACAUCGGCUUCAAACACUUAAUACUCUGUUGGAUAUACAGAAAGACAUCAAGACACCUGUAUCUGAAACACAUUGUAGAGCUGACUCCACGAUGGAUUCCUCUGAAGGGGUAACGCUACUUAUUGCCCUCUGCAUAUCCUGCCUUAUCGUGAUUCUUGGUUUUAAAAUUAUUUGGAGAAAUGGAAACCUUCCCCCAGGACCUAGACCUCUUCCACUGCUGGGAAAUUUCCUUCAGCUGAGAAAGGGGAUUGUAGAAACUCUCCAGAAGUUUAGUGAGCAAUAUGGUGAUCUAUACACGGUGUACUUCGGGAUUCGUCCAGUAGUGGUGGUCACCGGAUAUAAGAGGGUGAAAGAAAUUCUUAUAGACAGAGGGGAUGACUUUUUGGCUCGUGGGAACAUGUUGGCCUUUGAUGCUCUCUACAAAAAUUAUGGAAUAGCUUUUACCAGCAAUAUGCACCGAUGGCGAGAACUCCGACGCUUUUCUCUCUCUGCCUUACGAGAUUUCGGGAUGGGGAAGAGAAGCACAGAAGAAAGAAUUCUGGAGGAAGCCACUUGUCUGGUUGCAGAGUUAAAAAGAACCAAAGGAGCCGUUCUGGAUCCUCGGGAAUAUCUGAGCAAAGCUGUUUGCAAUGUUAUUUUCUCUCUAAUGCUUGGAAAUCGCCAGGACUAUGAGGAUGAGGAGCUCAUUAACGUCAUAAACCUGAUGAACAAAACAUUUUUAAUAGUUAGCUCACGAUGGGGACAGUUGUACGAUAUGUUCCCGGGAAUCAUGAGAUUCCUUCCUGGUCGCCACCAGCUGAUAUUUAAGUACCUGAAAGAACUACUAAAUUACAUAGAGAAGAGGGUUCACAUGAAUCAAACGACAUUGGAUCCUAAAAAUCCCAGAGACUAUAUUGACGCUUUCCUCGUUAAAAUGGAGAAGGAAAAGAUGGAUCCAAAGACCGAGUUCCAUUUAAGAAACUUAAUAACUAGCACCUUACAGAUCUUCUUUGCUGGGGUUGAAACUAUGUCUACAACUACCACGUAUUCUAUUCUAAUUCUGACAAAAUAUCCACAUAUUCUUGCCAAAGUCCAUGAAGAAAUUGACAGAGUCAUUGGUAGGAAUCGCAGUCCAAAGUUACAAGACCGGAGUCAGAUGCCGUAUACUGAGGCUGUGAUCCAUGAAACACAGAGAUUCGUAAAUCUAAUUCCCUUGGGAAUACCACGAAAAACAGCAAGAGAUGUUACACUACAGGGAUACCGCAUUCCAAAGGACACUAAUGUCUUCCCAAUGCUCGGCACAGUGCUAAAAGACCCCUCCUGCUUUUCAUAUCCAUCAGAAUUCAACCCCCAAAAUUUCCUGGAUGAAAAUGGAGAAUUUAAGCAGAAUCCAGCUUUUAUGCCUCUCUCUGCAGGGAAGCGAAUCUGCCUUGGAGAAGCUCUGGUUCGGAUGGAACUUUACCUCUUCUUUGUUACCAUCGUACAAAACUUCACUUUUAAAUCCCCUCUGCCAAUUGAGGAGUUGGACAUCACACCAGCUGUGUCUGGACUUGGAAACUUCCCAAAGCCUUACAAAGUUUCUUUCAUUCCCCGUUAAUGUUCUAAACAAAGGUUAUAUCCUCCUUUUACAUCACGCAUUCUGUGUAACCAAUAUCAAGUCUUUACUUUUAAAUGUUACAUGUACGGCUUUCAACUAGUUUCACUUGUAGAAAAUAAAACAUUUUUUAUGUACAAUUUGUUGGAAAACAAAUACAUAAUUGAUGUAUUAACCAGUUCUUGACCAGAACUCAGUAAAAUCCCCUUGUAUCAUGGCACACAUGGUAUUCACCAUUUGGGUUGUGCUGUUGCAGUUCAAAGUUACAUUUAUUUGAAAUCAGUUCUCUCAUUGUAACCCCAUCUUCAAAUUAUUUUAGCAUUACAUUAGCCUUUAGAGUUUGAUACAGAUUGUUCUAGAUUUAACUGUAUUUACUUCACCGUGUGCUCAUUUGAAGACAUUCAUUUUGCAUUUUCAUUGUAAAUUGUCACUGUACUGUCAGUAACGCAUU